UUCCCACCAUCCAAAACGGAUAACAUUUGAAAACUAACUUGAAGUCUCAGCUUUUGUUAGUCGGUUCUCAGUUGUCUCUCCAAAAUGGCUUGUCUGUUUUCACCCAUAUUCUCUGCCUCCAACGCACCAAAACCUUCACAUUCACUUGAAAGAACAUCUCAUCAGAGUAAUUGCAAAGACUUCACUCUCACUCUGUUACCCAGAAGAGAAAUCUUGAGAGGACUCGCAAUAUUUCCACUCACUGCAACUACACUCUUCAAACAACCUUCCUCUGCUGAAGCCAAAGAGGUCGAAGUGGGCUCCUAUCUCCCUAAAUCUUCAUCUGAUCCUUCCUUCGUUCUUUUUAAAGCCUCCCCUAAAGACACCCCUGCUCUUCGCGCUGGAAAUGUGCAGCCCUAUGAGUUCAUUCUCCCUCCGACCUGGAAACAGACCCGUGUAGCCAACAUAUUAUCAGGGAAUUAUUGCCAACCCAAGUGUGCAGAGCCUUGGGUUGAAGUCAAGUUUGAAGAUGAAAAUCAGGGUAAAGUCCAAGUGGUGGCUUCACCUUUGAUACGCCUUACCAACAAGCCAAAUGCAACAAUUGAAGAAAUUGGGACCCCUGAGAAAUUGAUUGCUUCUCUUGGUCCUUUUGUCACUGGAAACUCCUAUGACCCUGAUGAGCUCUUAGAAACAUCUGUGGAAAAAAUUGGGAACCAGACGUAAUACAAAUAUGUGCUCGACACACCGUAUGCUUUGACGGGUUCACACAACCUAGCAAAAGCGACGGCAAAAGGAAACACAGUUGUAUUGUUCGUAGCUAGUGCAAAUGAUAAACAGUGGCCAACAUCUCAAAAAAUUUUGAAAGAAAUGCUUGAUUCUUUUCAGGUGUAAUUCUUUCUUUAGCUCGAAGAAGGUUAGAGUCAAUAUUUUUUAUAUUUCUUGCAAAUGUACCAGUCUAUAUAUCUGAAAAUCACCAGCUCUUGAUCCUCGUUUGUUCAGCAAAGUUAAA